AUGGGUUCGCUCAAGAAGAGCGACCGCGGCAUCCGCAUUGCCAUAGACCGAGGAGGCACCUUCACGGACUGCGUAGGUAACCCCGGCACCGGCAAGAUGGAAGACGAUGUCCUGAUCAAGCUCCUCUCCGUUGAUCCCGCCAACUACUCCGACGCGCCUCUCGAAGGCAUCCGCCGCCUGCUCUCCAAGUUCACCAGCCGCGACAUCCCGCGCGGCGAGGCGCUCGACACUUCGGUCAUCGAGUCGAUACGGAUGGGCACGACGGUCGCGACGAAUGCACUGCUAGAGCGCAAGGGCGAGGAUAUCGCCAUGGUGGUGACGAAGGGGUUCAAGGAUUGUCUAGAGAUUGGGAAUCAGAGCCGGCCGAAUAUCUUCGACUUGGCGAUACGGAAGCCGGAGGUGCUGUAUAAGACGGUCGUGGAGAUCGAAGAGAGGGUUACGCUGGAGGACUAUGCUGAAGAUCCGGAGAGGGGAAAUACGGAGGCUCCGUCAGUUGAGGAGGCGGGGGACAACGCGGAAUUGGUGAAAGGGUUGAGUGGGGAGGCGGUGAGGAUACUACAGAGGCCGGAUGAAGGGAGGAUAAGAGAGCAGCUGAAGGAGGUGUAUGAUAAUGGGCUCAGGAGUAUAGCGGUGUGCCUGAUGCACGGGUAUACAUAUCCGGCGCACGAGGCGCUGGUCGGCAAGAUUGCAAAAGAGAUCGGGUUUGAGCAUGUCAGCUUGAGCCACGAGCUGAUGCCUAUGAUCAAAUUAGUCCCACGAGCAACUUCAGCGUGUGCGGACGCGUAUCUCACUCCCGCAAUCAAGAAAUACAUAUCAGGCUUCGCGGCAGGCUUCGAAGGCGGUCUGGGUACCGAGAGUGUCAAGCGAGAAGAAGGCGCGAAAGGUGCAAGAUGCGAAUUCAUGCAGUCAGACGGCGGUCUUGUCGACGUGGAUAUCUUCUCUGGACUCAGGGCUAUACUAUCCGGACCCGCUGGCGGCGUCGUUGGAUAUGCGCUAACGUCCUAUGAUCCCGAGACGAAGAUACCGGUCAUUGGUUUCGACAUGGGCGGCACGAGUACAGACGUUAGCAGAUACGGCUCUGGCAGAUACGACCACGUCUUCGAGACCACUACAGCUGGCGUCACCAUACAAUCCCCACAACUCGACAUCAACACGGUCGCCGCUGGCGGUGGCUCACGUCUGUUCUUCCGCCAUGGUCUCUUCGUUGUUGGUCCUGAGUCUGCCAGUGCACACCCCGGGCCUGCAUGCUACCGUAAAGGUGGGCCGCUCACCAUCACAGACGCCAAUCUAUUCCUUGGCCGAUUGUUACCAGACUUCUUUCCCAAGAUCUUCGGCAAGAACGAAGAUGAGGGCUUGGAUACCGAAGCAAGCAAGAAGCUGUUCGAAGAGCUCACUGAGCAGAUCAACAAGGAGAACUCUGGCGGAGAUAAGGAUAGGGAGAUGUCCGCUGAUGAAGUGGCGUACGGCUUCAUCAAGAUCGCGAAUGAGACGAUGACGAGACCUAUCAGAUCUUUGACCGAAGCCAGAGGCCACGAUACUUCAAAGCACCGGCUGGCAACUUUUGGAGGCGCUGGCGGUCAGCACGCUGUGGCUAUUGCAGAAGCGCUAGGAAUAUCACAAAUCCUGAUCCACAGAUACUCUUCGGUACUAUCGGCUUACGGCAUGGCGCUGGCCGAUGUGGUGGACGAGCGCCAAGAGCCGGAUUCGAAGGUGUGGUCGGAUGACGACAAGGAGAUUAGGAAGUAUCUGCAAAACAAGAUGGCGGAUCUGAAGAAGAAAUCUACCGAGACGCUCAAAGACCAGGGCUUCGAUGAAGAGCAGAUACACUUUGAGGAGUAUCUCAACAUGCGGUAUCGUGGCACAGAAUCAGCACUCAUGGUCGUCAAGCCUGCGAAAGAAGAAGCAGACAAAUACUACGACGGAGACGAGUGGGCCUUUGGCAAGGCGUUCAUAAGACAGCAUGAUCAGGAGUUUGGGUUCACGCUUCCGGAUCGAGACAUCAUUGUAGACGACGUUCGUGCAAGAGGCAUUGGCAAAACGUUCGAAGGAUUAGACAAGACCGUGGACCAGCAGAUGAAAGAGAUCAAGCCGAAGGAUGUUGGAAAAGGCGAGAAACGCUAUGGCACAGCACAAGUUUACUUCGAAGGCGGACGGCAAGAAACAUCAAUAUACAAGCUUGAGGACCUCGAAGUGGGCGACAGGAUCAAAGGACCAGCCAUCAUCGCCGAUGGUACACAGACGAUCGUUGUGACUCCGGGCGCAACUGCCUUACUUAUCAACACCCAUAUUAUCGUUAACAUUGGCGAGAGUGAUGGCCAGGACAAGAAGGUCGACACAAAGGAGGUGGACCCAAUCAUGCUUUCAAUCUUCGCACAUCGUUUCAUGGCCAUCGCCGAGCAAAUGGGCCGGGCGCUGCAGAAGACCAGUGUAAGCACAAAUGUCAAAGAGCGGCUAGACUACUCGUGUGCACUCUUCGACUCUGAAGGCGGCCUUGUUGCGAACGCACCACAUCUCCCCGUCCACCUCGGAAGCAUGUCCACCUGCGUCCAGAAACAAGCCUCCAUCUGGGCCGGCAAGCUCAAGAGAGGCGACGUCCUGGUCUCCAACCAUCCCAUGUACGGUGGAACUCACCUACCCGAUAUCACAGUCAUCACGCCCGCGUUCAGUGGCGACAAGAUCGUGUUCUACGUCGCAUCACGUGCACACCACGCAGACAUCGGAGGCAUCCUGCCCGGCUCCAUGCCCCCAAUGAGCCGUGAGCUCUUCCAAGAGGGCGCAGCCAUCAAGUCCGAGAAGCUGGUCAGCGAGGGGAGCUUCAACGAGGAGAGAAUCACCGAGCUCUUGUAUACGGAGCCGGCGCAGUGGCCCGGUUGCUCAGGAACGCGGUGUCUAGCGGACAACAUCAAUGAUCUCAAGGCGCAGGUGGCAGCGAACCAAAAGGGCAUUAACCUAAUCAGCGCGCUAAUAGGAGAUUACGGAGAGGAUGUGGUGCAGUUCUACAUGAAGAACAUUCAGGAUAACGCGGAGCUGAGCGUGAAGAGUCUGCUGAAGGACGUGAGCAAGAGAUUUGAGGGACAGGACCUCAGUGCCAUUGAUCACAUGGAUGACGGUAGUCCUAUCAAGCUCAAGGUCAGCAUCGACGCGGAGAAAGGGGAGGCGGUGUUCGAUUUUACGGGGACCGGCCCAGAGGUGUACGGCAACAUCAAUGCCCCCGAAGCCGUGACCUACAGCGCAAUAAUCUACUGCCUGCGGAGCCUAAUCAGCGAGGACAUCCCCCUCAACCAAGGCUGCCUAAAACCCGUCCACGUCAAGAUCCCGAAGAAGUCCUUCCUCUCGCCCUCCGACAAGGCGGCGGUGGUCGGCGGCAACGUCCUCACCUCCCAGCGCGUCACAGACGUCGUCCUGAAAGCCUUCCGCGCGUGCGCCGCCUCCCAGGGCGACUGCAACAACCUGACCUUUGGCUUCGGCGGGAACCAGGCAGGGCGCGAGGGCGGCGAGCAGAAAGGUUUCGGCUACUACGAGACGAUUGCGGGUGGCAGUGGCGCGGGGCCUAGCUGGGAUGGCACCAGUGGCGUGCACACGCAUAUGACGAACACGAGGAUUACGGAUGCGGAGGUGUUUGAGAGGAGGUAUCCGGUUAUACUGAGGGAAUUUAGCUUGAGGGCGGGGAGUGGUGGGAAGGGACAGCAUGCGGGUGGUGAUGGAGUGGUCAGGGAUAUCGAGUUUAGGAUCCCGGUGCAGGUUAGUAUCUUGAGCGAGCGGAGGGUGUAUCAUCCGUAUGGGCUCGAGGGAGGCGAGGACGCGGAGUGUGGGCUCAAUAUCUGGGUUAGGAGAGUGCCGAGUACGGACAAGAAUGUUGAUGGGACGGACACGCCGAGAACGAAUGGAGAGGAGAAGAAGGAAGAGUAUAGGCGUAUCAACAUGGGCGGGAAGAACACAGCGGAUAUGCAGCCUGGUGAGCGGAUCAUCAUCAAUACGCCUGGCGGUGGUGGAUGGGGGAAGGCUGGGGAGGAGAGCAAGGCAAUCAGAAAGAUGGAUCCGAAACAUGGGUGGAGGCAAGGGAGUGUCGCGGAGAGGCAAGCCAUGGCCGAGGCGUCGGCUUAA